AUGUCUAUUGAAAUCAUAAACGAUGAUAGAAAGGUGAUUAUGUCUAAUUGUUGUCGUCCAGAAGAAUCAAACCCAGCUGGUUUUACUUCCCCAGUUUUCAAAGACGAUAAUGCAGUGAAGAUUGAAGGAAUCAAACAAAAAACAAACCAAACUAACUCCCACGAAGACUUUUUAAAUGUUAAUCUCUUAUCUUGA